GUCGGAAAGCGCUCCCGUUUCCUAUCCGCGGGAGGUGGCGGCAUGGAGGUGCUCCCGUCCCCGCUGGAGUCCGCCAGGUUCAUCGCGGGCCGCAGCCGAGACGUGUCGGUGGACGAGGAGGGGGCGAGAAAGGUGGCCGAGUCGCUAUUCGAUAAAGCGUCGGAGGAGGCGUUCGGCCUGUCGGGAUGGAAGGCGCUGCACGAGCUGAACCCGCGGGCCGCCAGCGAGGAGGCGGUGAGCUGGGUGUUCCUGGUGGACACCCUCAACUUCUCCUUCUGGUCCGACAGCGCCGAGCAGAAGUGCCUGGUGCGCUACAAGGGCAAGGCGUACAGCGGCUACUGGGCGCUCUGCGCCGCCGUCAACCGCGCGCUGGACGACGGAAUACCUAUCACCAGUGCCUCAUACUAUGCCACCAUGACGCUGGACCAGGUCAGACAGGUGUUCCGCUCCGACACAGAGGUGCCCAUGCCUCUGCUUGAAGAGAGGCACCGGGUGCUGAAUGAAAGCGGGACGGUUCUGAUGGAGAAGUUUGGAGGCUCUUUCCUCACCUGUGUUAAAAUGAGUGAGAACAGCGCUCAGAAACUACUACGUCUUGUGGUGGAAAACUUUCCUUCUUACAGAGAUGAAGCUGUUUUUGAGAAAAAGAAGGUGUCUUUCUACAAACGGGCACAAAUACUUGUGGCUGAUACAUGGAGUGUAUUGGAAGGCAAGGGAGAUGGCUUUUUUGGAGACAUUUCUAGCCUGACUAUAUUUGCUGACUACAGAAUUCCUCAAGUUCUUGUUCAUUUAAAAGCCAUGAAAUAUUCUGAAGAUCUAAUGAAAAAGCUACGUGAAGGAACUGUUUUCAAGUCUGGAGACAGAGAAGAGGUGGAGAUCCGUGGUUGUUCGAUUUGGUGCUGCACGCUGAUCUGCAGUCACUUGCUGGAGCUCUAUGAGAAGAAGGGUCAAGACAUGCGUGAUCAGAUCAACGCAGUUUUACUGGAUUACUAUCUCUGGGACUAUGCCAGGGAUCACAGGGAAGAUAUGAAAGAUAUUCCAUUUCACCGAGUACGGUGUAUAUAUUACUAAGUCCAGCAGGAUAGCUACUGUAUUGUUGUGUUUCCUUUUCAAUUACAGUUCCUUUUUUCGUAUAGUGAUUUAUCAUGUACUAUUUUGGAACUUGCUAAAUCAAACAAACACUUUCUGAUAACAUAUGAAUUAUUUGCUUGAUUUCUUUGAGUCACAUGCUGAUUGAGGUUGGAGUUAAUAAUAUAAAACUGCUGGAAAAUUUGUAGAUUUUUAGUGAUACAGAUUUUAUUACUCUUGCUUUUGUGUAUGGAUAUGUACAUGUAUCUACAUACAUACAGUCGUGUAUAUGUACAUGUAUAAGUGUAGGUUGCUCUGAAAGUAAUGCCUCCUGUUUAUUUCCAUGAAAACUAUAGCAGGUACAAAGAACGGCACUGUUUGACAGACCAGAUUCUCAGCAACAAAGUACUGUUUUUUCCAGAAGCUGGCCAGAGGUAGCUAUACAUUUUUGCCAGCAGCGAACAAGAAUCAGCAUGCCAGGCCUGUAAAAAUGUGCACCAGGGGAGGUGGCCCACUGGCACUGUCUCUACUGCUGGAUCACACCCCUGCCACUCCACAUUCACAGCUUGGUCUCCAGAAAUGUUCAGCAAAUGUUGGUGAAUGUCGGUGGGUGCCACUUUUUCUGCAUGGAGGAAUUCAUUUCCAUCCCUUUGCUUAACGCACGCUUCUGUGUCAGACACCAUUCUGUCAGACUGCCCCUCUGCUCCUAUCUGUUGCAGACCAGCAAAGUGUAACGGGAUGCUGGGGGGAAGGUGCAACCUCUCCUGUUGUACCACCAGCAUUCACCUCUGACAGCACGAGCCAGUGUAAUAAAAUAGGAUGCAUUGCUUUUGAGCAGCCCCAUACACGCACAUGGGUGCGUACGCAGCCCUUCGGUGGCAGUGGUGCCGUGUCAGAAUGUACCUUACCACACUGAAGUGACUUGUCCUUCCUUUUGUCUGGGAAAAGCUCGCCUUACAUUCCUAAGCUUUAUUGUUAAGCGAUCAGCGCAACUCUUGUAAUAAAGCGUGCAGAGCGUAAGCA